AUGUUUGAUGUUGGCGGUCAACGCGGUGAGCGACGCAAGUGGAUUCAAGUCUUUGACGGCAUCACCGCCAUUCUCUUCGUCAUCGACUCCUCUGGCUUUGACUGUAAACUGCGCGAGGACGGCAACAAGAACCGACUGAAGGAGUGCCUCGAGCUCUUUGAGGACGUCUGGUUCAGCAAGUACCUGGUCAACACGGGCUUCAUUCUCUUCCUCAACAAGCAGGACAUUCUCAAGGAGAAGAUUGAACGGGGCUCCAAAAUUGAAAACUACUUUCCCGAGUACAAGGACUACAAGCUGCCGAGCAAGGACGGCGACCCGGAGGAUGAGUACAUCAAGGCACGGUGCUUCAUUCGUGACAAGUUCCUCGAGAUCACCAAGAAGUGCAGGGGUGAGCACCGAGGAAGCGGCACCUCACAGAACAGCUUCUCCGAUGGGUAUCGGGUCAAGCGUGAGUGCUUCUUCCACUUCACCACGGCCACUGAUUCCAACAACAUCCGUCGAGUCUUUGAUGACAUCCACACGAUGAUUCUCAUGAGAAAUAUUGGCAACAUUAUUUAG